AUGAAUAUAACAAAAUACCUCCUGAUCACCCUCCCUCUUAUCCUUUUAAAGUACCCCUUGCUAAAGGAACUCAGCAACCAUGGCAACCUUUUCGUAAGAAAUAAUAUAAGGGGGGCAUUGUUAAGAAGAAUUAUUAAGGAGGAAUCUGGGACCAAGGGCGAAGGUGAAAAAGAAGAAGAUAGAGAAUAUGAAGAAUAUUUAGAAAAUAAAGGAUCAAACGAAUUUGAUAAAGUGAAAUACAAAUAUAUGGACUAUGUAAAUUUCACUAUUUAUAAGAGCUCCAAAAAGUACAAGCAUUUGCUAAACGAGUCUUUAGUGUUUCUCGGUUCUCAGUAUAGCACGGAUGAAAAAUUAACCUUUCACGUAAAAUUAAUUGAUAUUUUGUCAUUACUGUUUGUUCACUACAAAGAUAAUUUAAGCACCUUUGACCAUGUCCUAAGUAGCUUCCAAGACAGAAACAAGUUAAUGAAUUCUAUUGAAAAUGAAUUUUUUAGAGAAUUUAUCGACGAAAGGGACAACUAUAUUUUCGAGGUGAAAAACAUGUACUACAAGGUUGACGCCCAGGAUGAAGAAAAGGAAAGAAUUUUAAGAAAAAAAAAAACAAUAUAUGAAAUAUUUUUACGAAAUUGGAAAAAUGACGGAUACCGUUUUUACAGUAUGAAUAAUAAAAAAAAGGAUUACAUACCUAAAAAAAUAGAUCAUAAGAAAAAGAAAAAAAAUGAGACACAGUAUACUUUGCAGUGCCGCAGUUUGGUUUCCAGUCCGCAAGACAGUGAUAAGGGAAAGGGGCGAAAUGCGACAUCCUCUGAUAACGGAUUGUCCAUCCCUAGUGGGGUGCCCAAAAUAAGAGUGAAGCAAAACCAGGACAGUGCUGACAAAAUGUUGUCACACGUGGAGGAAGACGUGGACGAGGAAACCCUGGAGGAGAUAGAACAGGGAGAAAUGGGGAACAAGAAUAGAAUGGAAGAAAGAACAUGUGUAGGACAGAAGGAAGAACAGGAGGAAGAACAGGAGGAGAACGCCGAAGAUAAGUCAGACGAACUGUAUGACCAGGACGUGUACGAGGAUGAUGCGAAUCAGCAGGCCCUCCUAGAAAGUUAUAACAAGCAAAUUUGCCACGCUUCAGAGUACAAUCAAGGAAAAUCAGCCUCAAUGAACACAUACAGAAAUGGAAUACCAGGGGUUACUUACAAAAUGAGGAAGGAUUUUUUCCUAAAUGGAAGUUCAUUAAAUGUUAUAACCCUAAUUAAUGCGAUAACGUCCAAUAGGGAUAACGCUACGGUGACAGAAUUACACGAAGCUUUGAAAAAAUUAGGAAUCAAGACAUUUGAUCAUUUGGUUAGAUACACGAACAUUAUAGGAAUAUUUUUUUCAUACGAUAUUUUUGAUGAAUUAUAUUUACAAAUAAAAUUAGUGAAGGAAUAUUUUGGACUUAUACAGAAGAAGAAAAACGACUUCGACAUAGUGGAAAAGGUAAAAAAAAUAAAGCUGAAAAAACGGAAGGCAUAUGGAGAGUACAAAAUGAGCGACGAUGAAAUGUUCGUACCGCCAAAUUGUUUGAGUGCAUAUUGUAUGUUAAAAUCUGUAUGGAUGAGAAAUAGAAAUGUGACAAUGAAGAUAGAAAGGACCAGUAGCAAUAGCAUGAAUUUUAUGAUGCUGGGAGAUAUUGGACAAGGCUUUGAAGAAGAAAAGGAUUUCGAUGAACAGAAUAUGCUAAACCUAAUUGGAUUUAAUGAGUUAAAAAGUACCGUACAGGCCAUGAAAGAUUGGCAUUUUGCGAACAAUGCUGAUUUUGUAAUAAAUUUAGGAGACAAUGUGCCGAACGAUGGAACCAUAAAUUAUAUGGAGAAUUUCCAGUGGCACAAUUUAAUGAAGGAACUAUUCGUGUUCAAGAAAAGGAGUGAACAAGAAAUUAGCAGCAUGUUUGGGGAUAACAAGCUCACCAAACAAAGCAUAAAAGAUUUUUAUAAUGAAAAAGUGAAAGAAAUGCAGGACAAUUAUAAUAGCGGACAAAUAGGAAAGGAAGAAAAGACGGAUGAAAAGAAGGAUGAAAAGAAGGAUGAAAAGAAAGAAGAAAUGAAAAAAAAAACAAAGAAGAAGAAAAGGAGUGGUACAAAUGAGCAAAAUAAAGAAAAUGUAGUGGAAUCCCCCUCCAACGAGGAAGACUUAAGCGUUUAUGACAAUGAUCGUAAGAAGUUGUACCAAUUUGAUGAUGAAGAAGAGUCGGAUGAAGAUUUUGAAGCUAUUCCCUUUUAUUCCAUUUUGGGAGAAAAAGAUUACUUCUUCUUUCCAAGUGAACAAAUUCAGGAACACUACUCCUAUAGAAUCCCUGGUUAUUUUAUGCCAAACAACUACUACUGUGUUAAUUAUGAUUUCACCUAUAACAAUGUAGGGUAUAAAGGUAUAAUUAAUCAGGAGAAGUUUAGGGCAUCUUUUAUUUUUAUCGAUACGUGGUCACUAAUGGUGGGAUUUCCUAUCAUAAGAAAUUACCGCUCCUUUCGUGAACAAUUUAAUUGGCUCAGUAAAACGUUAUACGAAAGUGCACAAAGUAGUGACUGGAUAUUCGUCAUAGGACAUCAUCCUCUAAUUUCAAGUGGAAGAAGAGCAGAUAACUACUCCUAUGAGGAACAUUCCUUCCAUGAUAUUUUGAGAGAUUUCCUCUUCAAUUAUAAUGUAGAUGGUUAUUUUAGUGCACAUGACCAUUUAAUGGAGUACAUUAAGUUCGGAAAUAUAGACCUGUUCAUUAAUGGCUCCUCCUCCAGGGUUAUGUUUGAUAAUUCCACUAUGGGAAGAGGCUAUUUUGGCAAAGUGAUUGGGAAGUUAUAUCCAGUCACUUGCUAUAUUCUGAAAACCAUCCAUCGGGGGCUAAAGCCAAAAGGAUGUAGCGUUAAUAGGUAUUCCAAAUGGUCAAACAAGGCAGAUAUAGGUUUCAGCACACAUAAAUUAAGCAAGGAUGAAUUUAUUACAGAAUUUAUCAAUGGUAGAACGGGGAAACCACUGAGCCAUAAGAUUGUCUUGAAAAACAAAAAAAGUGAAAGAAAAAAAUUCUACAAUUUGGAUGGAUACGUAGAUGAUAAGAUCCAUGAAUUAGAAAAAAAGAUAGAAGAAUUUAAACAAAAAAAUCCAGAAUUGAUAAAAUAUAAAAUUGAAGAAUUUAACGAAAAUAUCAGAAAACUUAAUAAGAUCAUGAAGACUUUAAAAACAAAAGAGGAAGUUGAAAAUUUUAAGGAAUUACUCUUCCUGAAUAACCUCAUUUUUGACGUGUCCGAACACCUUUCCGGCAUGACUGUCGAAAAAUUAAGAAGUAUGCACGCACUUGCGGUAAAGUACUCCAUUUUCUUUAACAAAAAAAUUGUCAACCAUAUUGUCGUAGCAUUGGAAAAAGCGGUGCAGUCUGAAAAUGACGAAUCCGACAAUGAAUAUGAAGAAAUUGAUGAAGAAGUAGCUGAAAUGAGGCUUAAGGAAAAGCAGAAGAAACAAAAUGACGAGAAGAAAUCAUUGGAGAUUAUAGAAACCUUGGGUUAUAAUCCUGAACAAUUUUUAGAAAAGUACGACAGCAUGACGAAAGAAGAGAAAAAUCUCCUGAAGGAGAAAGUUGGAAAGGAUGUUACGCUAGAAGAUUACGUUAAUAGAAUUAGGCUGUACGUGGAAAAGAAGAAUCUCAGUGAAAGCGAUUUGGAGGCCAUGCAGGAAAAGCUAGACGAGGGGGAAGGAAGUGACGAAGAGAGCACCAAGGAAAGUGAAGAGGAGAGUAGCCAGAUGAGCAGCGAAGACAUCGGCGAAGUUGCGCUUGUGAAAGAUGUGCACAAAACGCACCAGAAAUUCGUAUUUAUGGAAAAGGCCCUAUCCGAACAGGAAUACAUUUUGAUGAUGCUCAGUGCUUUGAAAAUCCAUGACAAAAAUAAAUAUGCCUUGAAUAUGAGUACCAAAAGGGAAAACUUGAAAACUAUUGCUUCUUCCAAUUUUCUAUACAAAAUAGAGAACCACAAAACUUUCUUCCAGUUAUGUAUCGAGUUAGCUCCUGACAUUAAGAGGAUUAUCAGCAACCUUGGGGGAGUAGGUGUGAGGCUGCCUUUUUUUAAGUUAAUGACAAAACUCUACGAUGAAAUAAUGAAUCUAAGGGAAGGACUUGACCGAGUUGCAAAGUGA